UGAAAUUAAACAGGUUGUGUUAGUCAGAGCGGCGGUCGGUGUGGAGGUCAGUGAUUAUAGCUAGAAAAGAAGCUGAAAGGGUUUUAAAGUCAGAUUUUGUUUCCUUUAUUUGUUUAAAUAUAAUUUCAAGUUUUAUUCGGAGCUGUUUGCCGCGAGAAGGCGCUUUGAGUUUAUUUUCAGCUCUGUGUGGAUGUUAAACCUCUGCUGAGAGAGGGAGAGAGACUGCGGUGGAGCUUUUAAAUAGUGAGACAUGGACACUGCUGCCAGAAUCAGAUCCUCUAAAGACCUGGCCGUUCGAAAGGCAGACAGUGAAAAGGGUUUAAGUGAUGGACCAAAGCGGAUUCCUGUAACUCAGAGCUGCCAUAAACCAGUGCCUACUCCAAGUCACACACAUGUUCUUGGGGUGUCACAGGGGCCACAGCGUGUGCAGCGGCCAAAAAGUCAGAAUAAACCAGCGGUCAACGUGCCUUCUGUGAAAACUCUGACUAGUGCAGAUCAAAACAUACGCCCAACUCAGCCUCAGCCAGCCCCUGCACCUCAAGCUCAGCCAAAACAACUACAGCAGCAGAGCCAGCCAAAACCCACAGCUAACGUUAAACCUGUCAAUGCUGCUGCUGCUGAACCUAGCAAACCAGACAAGCCUAGCCAAAAGCCUGCUAGUGGAAUUGCCAUUCAGUCCAGUUCAAAGAUGCCAUGGAGCUUGGAGAACUUUGAUAUUGGCAGGGCACUGGGGAAGGGCAAAUUUGGGAGUGUGUACCUCGCCAGGGAGCGACAAACCAAAUUCAUCCUUGCCCUGAAGGUGCUGUUUAAAAAGCAGCUGGAAAAGGCCGGUGUGGAGCACCAACUGCGGAGAGAAGUGGAGAUCCAGUCUCAUUUAAGGCAUCCCAACAUCCUGCGUUUGUAUGGCUACUUCCAUGACUCUGCACGUGUAUAUCUCAUACUGGAGUUUGCUCCCAAAGGAGAAUUGUAUGGAGAGCUGCAACGCUGUGGGAUGUUUGAUGACCAGCGCAGUGCCACAUAUAUAAUGGAGCUGGCUGAUGCGCUGCACUAUUGCCAUUCAAAGAAAGUGAUCCACAGAGACAUUAAACCAGAGAAUCUAUUACUGGGGGCCAACGGAGAGCUAAAGAUUGCUGAUUUUGGGUGGUCGGUCCACACACCUUCUUCCAGGAGGUCGACUUUGUGUGGCACCCUGGACUACCUUCCUCCAGAGAUGAUCGAGGGAAAGACUCAUGAUGAGAAAGUGGAUCUCUGGAGUUUAGGGGUGCUCUGCUAUGAGUUUCUGGUUGGACGUCCACCCUUUGAAACUAAGAGCCAUGAGGAAACCUAUCGUAAGAUCUCCAGAGUCGAGUUUACCUAUCCGGCCCAUGUAAGCGAAGGAAGCAGAAAUUUGAUCAAUGGGCUUUUGAAACACAACCCCAUGCACAGGCUUCCCAUCCAAGGAGUCCUGACUCACUACUGGGUUGUGGAAAACUCCACCAAAAAGCCCACUAGUUUCACACCAGAUGCCGCACCCGGACAGUGAGGAGGGUGCAUGUUCUUUGGCUGCUGGGAAGAAACCAACUCUGUGGAAUAUUCGUGCUUUUGACCGGAAGCUUGAGACUGACUACAUCCUCAGAACUUUCAAAAUACUAUGUGUUUGUCACUGUGCUAAUUGUUCCACUCUUGUUCUGCUCUCUUCUUCUUUUGUAAAUAUUUAUCUGUUUACGAAUUAUGAAAUGUAAUUUUACCUGCUACUACUUGAAACAAUAAACAUAUUUUUAGUGUU